AUGGAAACUAACCAGACUGUUGCGAAGAUUUCUGGUUUUGCUAGUCUGGACAAAGGUACUCCAAAACAAAGGAUGGAAAUGGAACCUAUUAGACACAUGGCUCGAGAGUUUGACGGUGAGUGGAACACUUGAAUUAUAGCACUAUAUCUACAAUUGUGUUUAUGAGUUUAAGCGUAGAAUAAGAAAUUUCUUUUUUCCUUUUGUUUUUCUUUUCUUGUUUCUUUUCUUUUCAUGGAUAUAGAAAUAAAUUUAAUUUAAGUAAACUUGAGUUUCUUAUUGCUUUUUCUGUGUAACCUGGGCUCAAAAGGAAGGUUACCAUCUCAUGGACUCAAGUGAUCCGGGUAAUCAAUAUUGCGUGAGAAAACUGCAUGUAAGCCCGGUUUAGCCGCCGACCUUUUCAUGAGCCGAACCUAAUACAUUGCAUUAAAUAAGUACAUGAAAAGUUCGGCGUCUGAAUCAAUUAGGAACGCCUGUUUCAAUUUGGAACGGCUCAGCCGUUCUUUUCGCCUAGCCCGGCCGGGAAUUUCGCCUUUGGAGCGAGUUUGGAACGCCGGGCUUUGAUUCAGACGCCGAACUUUUCAUGUGCCGAACCUAAUGCAUAAAUUAUUAUAUCGUAUUUUGUAAGCAGUUUGACCGAACUUUCGCCUUUUGAACUUAGUUCAGCUGCAAUUAAGAUCAGCGUCCGAAUCAAUUCAGCCGGUCUAAAUAAUUUGGGUCGGCUUUAAUUCGAAUUAGGUUCGGCUCAUGAAAAGUUCAGCGUCUGAACCGGGUUUUUUUACUCUCUGAUAGUCUACUGAUUGCGUGUGAGUGGGGGUUUGGAAUUAUCCAUUUAUUUUAGAUGAGCUUAUUUAAAUGCUGGUGCUCACCACGCAAAGUGAAGUCAUCGAGUUUUCUGAGCGCACGCCAAAUUGCCCAGAAAGAAAGCUUUGAAAGCAUUUUUCUACCAAAAACCCAUCGCAAUACCCAUGAGGAGGGGAAGAAAUGAGAGACUUUUCUGGCCUUUAAGAAUUUCGCGCGUUUGUGUGCGCUGUUUUUUGAUGCGGGAGCGGAGAUUUGUGAAUCGAGUUUGCACACAGUAACCAGCCUUGAUUCGCAUCAUAUGUAAUGUUUGUUCAACACUGAACAAACAACGAGCCUCAAAACCGUAAAAAAAUUAUGGCCAUGAAAUAAGCCCAGUUUACUCAGGAAAAGCAACAACAAACCCAAGUUCGCUUUUGCGUUAGUUUAAUUUAUUUCUAUAUUUAUGCCUAUAUUUCUACGCUUUAAAAUAACUAUAUUGCAUUUAUUCUCAAACGAAGUUUAUAAUCCUUCGUAAAACGGUAUUAAAACGCGCGGUAAUUUAUGCACCGAGCUUGGAUCGACCUGUGUUUAAACCUAUUCCUGAACGUUUUGACAUAGAAUAAAACUAUGUGGAAUUGCAUUUCUUAUGCCCUUUUUCUUUAAUAGAGAUACUAUGACAAGUCCGAUGUCGUCGCAUAAGCAAUGUAACACUUAUUAUAAGAAACUUUCGGCUUUAGCUGAUAGCUCUUGGCCUAUUAAAUAUCUCUUCAGUGUAUGCAAUAUACAUUCUACGAAUUCUUGCAAUUCUUUCACUGGUGUUUAUCUUUGUCUCUUUUCCUUUUUUCAUUCAUUUAUUUACUUCACUAGAAAUACGUAACUCGCAUUAACCCUCACGAAACUGGGCUCUUGUUUACAGCGCUCUCAGGUUAAGUCGUGUGGGGCAGAGUUAGAAACUGGAUGGGUUAGGGUUAGGGUAAAGUAAAGGCUCCCAAGUAUUACAGUCGAACCUCUAUAAUACGGACACCGAAGGGAAAGAGUGAAGUGUCCGUAUUAGAGAGGUGUCUGUAUAAACGAAGUCACUAUGAUGACGUCACUUUAUGACUCCACCUACAGGUUUAGGUGUUCAGUAGCUAAAGCCAGGCUCACACUCGUCUUUAAACUGCGUUUAAGGUUAUUAAUUCACAGUACAAAGGCACUGUCUUUAAGUAGCAUACACAGGAGCCGAUACAACAUUGUACAUAAAAAGAAACGAGCUACAGCGCAAUGCUGCAUGUAAAAAGUUGUAACGUAUACAUAAAACACAAUUGUGAAAGCGUCUUUCGCUGUUUUGCAAGUGCAGUAAACAGUAACUAGAGUACAAAAUGUAAUGAAAAGAUCUUUAUGCUAUCUGUAGUUAUUGAAGCCUUCAAAAAGUCGGUUAUGUUUCUCUGUACACCUUUCGCAAAUCGUUGUUUGGUAUACAGCCACUGGGCUUUAUAUCACUUUGCAUUGCUCAUCAGCCAGACUAGACGAGAUUCACCCUGUGCAUACCGUAAAAUUCCGAAAAUAAGCCCCGGGGCUUAUAUUUUUCCAAGGCCCUUUUUGAGGGCCUUAUUUUUGGAGGGGCUUAUACUCAAGGGGACUUAUCUAUGGAGGGAAGUUUGCGUUUCAAAAUCGAUUGGGCUAGCCUUAUAGUUGGAACGAAAUUGACCGUUUUUGCUUUAUUUUAAUUUGUAUUUGAGGGCAAUUUCCAAGCACAAGCCUCCGAGGGGGCCUAUAUUCGGAGGGGCGAUUUAACGGAGCUUUUUUUACGUUACGAGUUUGGGGGGCUUAUACAUGGAGGGGCUUAUUUUCGGAAUUUUACGGUAUUCAACUGAUCGGGAUUAGGGAUUCGCCUGAUCACCGCAGUGUCCGUAAUAAAGAGGUUAAUUUUAUAUGAAUUUACUCUCUGGGGCCGAGAUUCAGUGUCCGUUAUCGGUAUAAGAGAGAGUCCGUAUUAUAGAGGUUUUUUUAAAGAAAAUAUAUGACAAUUUUGUCGAGACAUUGGAAACUGUUCGUAAUAGAGAGGUGUCCGUACCGAGAGGUUCCACUGCAUUUCUUUUCUUCUUCAAUUCUUUUUCCUUAUUGUCCUAUUUUAUUUUUUAAAUGUGUAUUGAAAAUCAUAUUAAGCAUUAUUUCGGCCGCCAUUUUAUUAAUUCAAACACGGUGCGUUCGCGUGCGGGCCGAAGUACAGGGUACAAACUUUAAUCCAUCGGCGAGAAAGCACCAAAAUUGAGCUACAUGUGUGCUUUCCACGGUGUAAAAUGAAUUCCUCUCCGGCAAGGCGAUAUUGCCCCAGUGCUCCGUGGUUUCUUGCUGUAUUCUUCCCCUUCGUUGGUAUUGCUGAAUUUAAAAAUCGUCAUCCUCGCUCCAGCGGAGUUUUGAUGAUAAAUCGCGUUCAGGGCGAGGAUUCACAGCAACUUGUUGGCAUACUCAAGCACACUCUUUACACAUUUAAAAACUCUUGUGAAAACUCUUGUGUUAAUCCCUUGCUCUUCAUUUUCCAGAGGAUAGCGCAUUUGAAGUCAAACAGUGGGAGAAAAGUACAUUUGUGUGGAAAAUAGAAAGAUUUCUUUACGAUCAGCCACAGACGUUCCUUGAGCCAUUGGGAAUAUCUGACAGCGGUGCUUUCAGUCAAAGUAUGUUUUCUGAACUGCGGAGCGAAGAAGAUAAAGGUAAUUACCAAUCUGUUGUUGUUGUUGUUGUUGUUGUUGCUAGUUUAAACUACACAUACUCAUGUACAUCGCCGUGGCGGAGUUGUAUGACAAAUCAUUAAAUGCAGCAUGUCUUUAUGCCGGACCUGAGAAGCCAGGCAGAGAUUUUUCUUAUCAAGUACAACAACACUACACGAAAAGUGUAACUGGCUAUAUUAUCACCAGGGACAGAUGUAGUUAUUUUAUGACUACAUUUUCAUUCAUUUUCAUAUUUUGGCCCAGUCUUGUUUCCAAUCGUCCUCGGCGAUUUCAGAUGUGACGUCAUCCGUUAAUCCAACCUAGUUCCCAGAGUUCUUUCUCUUGCUUCGAGAAAGAACCCUGGUUGCAGCUGGUCAUAUAACUAUCUGUGACAAUGAACUCCUCACCAGCGUAGGGCUAAUGCCUUUAUCUUUAUAUGUGGUCCAUGUAGUAACUACCAAGGAUGAUGAAAUAAACCGUGCUUACGGUUUGAAAUCAGAAAUUAGGAAAGGAAAAAAAAACUCUGGCAUCCAGGGUAUGGAGCGACUGAAUAUGAGCUAAAACUCGAGGCAGUAAUAUGUUUAUGUUGUAGUUAAUUUUUUAUCUCAGGUAAUUUUUGUUUUCCUUUUGUCUUUGGGUAUGGUAAUGUAUGCUAAUGAAGUUUAAACAAAGGAAAAAAUAAAAAUUACCUGAAAUGAAAAAUUAACUACCACAUAUACAUGCUAUUUGUGUUAAGGUAAUAAAUAAAGGAGCGACAAUUAUACUCAUCAUUACGCUUUCAAAAAGUGCUUCGAUCGUAUACAUUGCACAUAUGAAAUAUUAAGUUUGAGCUUUUCUAACAAUCCUGUCAAAAACACUACGAGAUUAUUAAUUAAAUUCAGCUAAAUAGAAUUUACCUGAGAGUUUCUGAUUCGGUCUCUUUCUUUGCUAAGGUUCAUCAUUUAAAAGACAACAUGAAGAAGCAUUGUAAAUUACCUUUGAUUCAUGUUUCAUAGUUUUUAAGGAUUGAAGACUGGUUUCAGUUCGGUACGGAGGCUAGCUUGAGAAAACAACCGACAUUCCACGACACCACCACUGGUUUCUCCGCGAAAAAACGUCUGAAAAACGAGUUCAGAAAUUCCAUACUGAUGACGUGUCACCACCCAAAACUGGGUAGUGCUUCUAAUUGGUCGUACCGCGUGGGAAAUUUGCUUCAACCAAUCAGAAGCACUACCCAGCCUAAGUAGUGACGUGCCAUCAGUAUGAAAUUUCUGCGCUCGUUUAUCAUACGUCAUUUCACCGGGAAACCAGUGGUGGCGUCACGAAGUGUCGGCUGUUUUCUCAGGAUACCGAGGCUGGCCGUUCACGGCCGUUGAGUGCACUGACUAGUUUGCAUGAGAACUCGGCGUUUGUUUUCCUGCAACGACCGGCGGUCUGACAAAUUCUUGAUGAGUGAAAUUCUUGUAAUCUCUACCCGGAUUCUCUGAAGAUGCCAAAAUUGAUUUAUAUACCUCUUCAUCUCAUGAUAUGAUUUCGAAACCCAUAAGGUUGACAGCUUCCGGCUUUAGUUUUUCGGUAACCCUCGCUUCAUGCCACUGCCAAGAAGAAUCGAAAACUUUCAAGGUAAAUACUUUCCGCGAGUCAAAAGCAACUACAACCAUUUUUAAGUAGAAAGCAUGUGUAUAAUAUGGAAAACUUUGGCUAUAAAUUUGUUCUUAUGACAAACAUACUUCAAACAGUCAAAGCAAUCCUUUUUGCAACCUCUCCAGUGUAUUUUGUAUCUUUCUCACAACAGCGACAUUUUUAUACUUUACUACCCCUUCUAUGAGGUAAAUCUUUGUUCGCCUCCAGAUUUUGGGGGCUCAGGUGACCAGCCGCAAUCAGGAUUCUUUCAAGCAAGGGAGAGAACCCUGGGAAAGAUGUAACCGUUAACCUCGUCGGGAUGUUGUCGGGAGGAAUCGGGAGGAUGCGCCCGGCUAGCGAAAUCCGAAAUGAUUCCAAAAUGGCGUCGCCCCUUGACUAACCAUUCUGUGAGAGAAAUAAAAGCCAUUAAAGUUUUUGUUUCUAUCAUCUAAAACGGUACACCGGGCAAAUGAUUGGAAGGGACGUAUUUAACCUGCACAGUCGAUAAAAUGAUAUAUAAAGACAAAGGAAGAUUUUGUCGCGUAAUUCAGUCUGGGACUUUUCCCGCCAAAAGGGACUUUUUGUUUCAUUUUUUGACAGGCUUUGCGCUGGCUGUAGCAUUCGGUUUCAACGCUCCUUUGCUCACUAGCAUAACGCUAUGGUGAUCUGGGGACGUCGCUGAUUUUGGCCUGGGUUGAGUAUAGUGAGCUUCUUCCCGGGUCCCAGGUGCAGACUGGGAAAGUGCCUCUAUUCCGCAACGCGCCCGAAAGCAUUUAUCUCCGGACAAAUCCCCCAACAUUGUUUUUUAGCUUUGCCGUAAUUUUGGCUACGUAGAUUACUCUGAAAUAUUACAUUCCAUCACCUUAAGACUUCACUGAGUUAAAUUUGAAAAAGCUAUUAUUUAUCCCAAGAAAAACCAUGCAGACUUACAGGGACCGUAUGACUAUUCGAACAAUUAUGCAAGCUGGCGGUUUUUUUGUUCUCAGUUCUCGUGCUUGAAUUAAUUUUUAGUUCAUGCAUGGGUUAUAUAUAACGCUGAAACAACUAACAAUGUCGUUAGAUAUUUUAAGACAUUUAUAUUCUUAUUUACUUAUUUUUGCCGGAUCCAUGGUGGUCAGGAGGAUCCGUGCCUUCACCCCAACUCUUAAUGGAGUCAUCACAUAAUAUACUUUUCUAUUUUACAGAUUGACUAAGAGCAUUAAAAAUGAAAUUGCUACCUCUUAAUCAUCAAAUAUCACUUGUUAAUCAAAUUUGCCUUUAAGAAAGUUUACCAGGCCAGUAUGUGAAGGGUGAAUGAAGAUAGAAGUUUGGACCCCCGUAUAAAAAAGUCCUAGAUUGGCCCCUAAUGAUUGAGAGUUAUUUAUUUACACAGAAAGUGUCAUGUCUGUUGGAAGCGAAAUGAGAGGUGAAGGAUUGGAAGGGGAGGUAGAAAGUCGGAAACGAAAAGAGGAAGAAGCAGCUAAUGCUGAAAAGCUUGGAAUUCAGUUCAAGUUUAACAGUGGUGAUUAUCUCCAGGCUAUUGAAUAUCUCCAAAAGGCUUUAACUAUUAGACAAGAAAUAAGGGACAGAAAAGGAGAGGUUUCGGCUCGUGUAAACCUUGGAUAUGUGUAUUCUCAUUCUGGUGACUACUUUAUAGCCAGAAAGUACCUUGAUAGUGCACUUGAAAUAACAAAAGAAAUCGGGGACAAACAAGGAGAAGCUAAUGCCUAUGUAAAGCUAGGAAUAUUGCAUAAUUUUCUUCGUGACUAUCAAAGCGCUGUGGACUAUCACGAGAGAGCACUUAGAUCGCACAAAGAAACUGGGAACAAACAAGGGGAAGCUUUAGCUUAUGGAAACUUAGGAAAUGCGUGCCAUUCUCUUGGUGACUAUCAGGGGGCUGCGGACUAUCACGAAAGAGCACUUAGACUUAACCAAGAAACUGGGAACAAACAAGGGGAAGCUGCAGCUUAUGUAAACUUAGGAGUUGCGUACAAUUCUCUUGGUGACUAUCAAAGGGCUGUGGGCUAUCAUGAGAGAGCACUUAGACUUAACCAAGAAACUGAGAACAAACAAUGGGAAGCUUUAGAGUACAGAAACUUAGGAAUUACGUACCAUUCUCUUGGUGACUAUCAAAGGGCUGUGGAGUAUCAUGAGAGAGCACUUAGACUUAACCAAGAAACUGGGAACAAACAAGAGGAAGCUUCAGUUUAUGGAAACUUAGGAAAUGCGUACCAUUCUCUUGGUGACUAUCAGAGGGCUGUGGACUAUCACGAACUGGAGCACUUAGAAUUAAACAAGAAACUGGUAACAAACAAUGGGAAGCUUUAG